AUGGCUACUUAUGAAGUUGAACAUUCUACGGCCGAAAAUAACAAUACUGCGUCCUCGGGUACCUCGCGCCAACCGGGCUCUCAUCGCUCAACCCGUCCAGACCUCUCCACGUUUUUCGCUACCCUCAAUGAAAUCAGCCCCUAUCAAGGCGAGCAAAGGACACGGCCACAUGCUGUCCCUGUACCAGGCGAUGUGAGCGCAGCCUUUAGGUCGCUCGCAGAAGCAUUCGAUGUUAUGAGGCGCGGCGGGGAUAAUGCACCACUACCCAUCUACGACGGCCGGGACCCUGAGAUCGGCAAUACAGAGCAAGGGCCGUUGAUAGAAGAGAUGAUCCGGGCUCUUUUACAAGAGGCAGAAGCUCCUCCACGCGAAGUGGAAGGUGUAUCGGAGGAAUUUUGUGAUAUGCUCGAUCGCAUCCCUACUUCGAAACUAAAGGAAUCUCAAAGCUGUCCAAUAUGCAAUAACCCCUUCCUGGAAGACUCACACCCACUCGUUGUGAGGCUUCCCUGCCAUACGUCACACUUAUUCGACCUGGAGACAGAUUUUGGAAAGAAAGAACGUCAGAAAGAACAAGAGAGAUUAGAAAGACUCAUGAAGAAGUCUAACGGACUUAAUGAUGACGAUGAUGAAGAAUGGGAUGGCAUGUAUGCAUAG